UUUCAUUAUAGGACGGAGAACGUACGGCUGCAUCAUCAUCAUUCGCCAGGGUUUGGUUCAGGGUUCUUCUGUCCCUCUUCUUUUUUUUCGUUCUCUUUUUACUUUAAUCUGACCGCAUCACCCACCACCCAAUGGUCUUUAACGAGCAUAGCCAAACCUAUGUUCCAGCGCACGAGAUGCAAGAUCUACCGGCAGGUCAAGCAUACCACUUUCGCGAGUCCGACGAAAAUGGCGGCGGGUUCCGAAAACCUACGAGCCACUCUUACUAAUCCGAAUUCGAGGAAUUGUCUCGUUCACAUCCUCCCGGCGGACAACACCCAGUCCUUGAUCAAAAUGAAUCCAGCCACAACCUGUUGCAUAACUCAAGCAACGAAAGCCUUAGAAACAGUAGCUAUGGUGGCCAAGGAAGUCUCGGUCAUGGCAGCUAUGAGUCCGGAAGCUUUGGACAUGGCGGCUUCGGGCACUAUCCCUCAGAACAUCAGAGUCUGCCUCCUGUCUCACCCGCUUCUGAGUACCCCGGGCCCGAGUAUGAUGUCGAAGCCGGGCACAGUGAAGUCCUGUCUGUUCCGGACUUUGCCCACGGUUGCCCCGACUCGACCUUUGAUGAGUUUGAUGUCGGCGAGAGCUGGAUAAUGCGACAGCAGCAGCUAUUAUUUAAAAGGAUAUUAAU